CCCUAAACUUUAUUUUGACGAUGACAUUUCAUAACUGUCCCAGCUGUUCAAGAACCACUAGUUCAAUUAUCUAACCUGAAAAGCGGUCCCUUUCGUUCUUCCUAGUUGUAAUAAAUGAAAUUCAAUGUGAGGAUGAUGCAAUUUAUGGGAAAGACCAUACGCAUUAGAUCUUACAGUAGUUACACCAAAAUUCGUGACAUUUCGGAACAACUGGUCGGCUCACCAAUUCAAAUAAAGGGAUGGAUCAAAGCACAGCGUGUCAUGAAGAACGUAAUAUUUGUGGACGUAAAUGACGGAUCGACAAGCCGAAAUCUUCAAACUAUAAUCAAAAAUGAACAGAUGAAACCCGGUUAUGCGUCGUCAGUCUGCGCCAAAGGAGUAUUAUCACAAACGCCAAAAGGACAACUGGAAUUGAUAGCCGAUGAUUUCCAAGUCAUUAAUAAAUGCGACAUCGACAAGUUUCCAUUUCAACCCAGGACAUCGUAUCCUCCGGAAGUUAUUCGAGAGCAUUUGCAUUUGAGAUCUCGAGUAAGUGGAUUCAGUUCAGUGUUACGGGUGCGACAUCAUGCCUCUGCAUCGUUUCACAAUUAUUUCAAUCGAACAGGUUACUCACAAAUACACACUCCAAUCUUAUCGUCGAAUGACUGUGAAGGAGCCGGUGAGAUUUUUACAGUUAAACCAGACAGUUUAGCAUUAUGCAAAGAAAUGGCCAAGGAAGGUGUCUCCCUCGACGAGAGCUAUUUCGAUCGCAAAGUUUUCCUCAACGUAUCAGGUCAAUUACAUUUGGAGGCAAUGUGUCACGGCUUAGGCGACGUUUACACAUUCGGACCGGUUUUCAGAUCGGAAAACAGCAGGUCGCCCAUUCAUUUGGCUGAAUUUUACAUGAUCGAAGCGGAAAAAUGUUUUGUGGAUUCGAUUGACGAAGUGAUGCGGACUAUCGAAGACAUGAUGAAAGCAGUGACCAGAGACGUGCUGGAUAAAUGUGAAGAGGACGUUGUGAAUGCAUCGCCCAAUCGGUGUCGAGGCGAUUAUUCGUGGCUGGACAAACCGUUUCCGGCGGUCUCGUAUGCAGAAGCCAUCGAUGUGAUGGAUCGUCAUGCAGACAAAAUUCAAUCGAAAGUCAAGUUCGACAAUGGUAUCAACAAGGAACAGGAAUUGUUUCUGGUCAAACAUUUUGGAGCGCCGGUUUUCAUCGUGGACUGGCCGCGUGCCUUGAAACCGUUUUACAUGAAACAGAACCAACAGAAUCCGAACAACGUGGACGCAUUAGACUUCUUAGCACCAUCCGUUGGCGAAUUGGUUGGCGGUGGUGUCCGAGAAAAUGACUACGAUCGAUUAUCCAGCAGUGUUUCACAGGAGAUAUCCUGGUACUUGGAUCUGAGGAAAUUCGGUGGAGUGCCGACAGCAGGAUUCGGCUUAGGAUUCGAACGUUAUCUGCAGUUCCUACUGUCCAUACAUAAUAUUAAAGACGUAAUUCCGUUUCCUCGCUGGGCCCACCACUGUGACAUGUAAACCAAUGAGUGCAGAAUGCGUAAAGUAAAGA